CCAAUCUGCCCAAAAUGUAUUCCAAAGUUGAAGAGCCGCCCAAACUGGUACUCACCGGCACCUCAAGAGAGAUCGGUUUCCAUCAUGGCUCCCACCUUCGGCCGCAGAUUAGCAGCCAAAUCACCAUCUAUGAAGAGAUGUUCCAGGUGAACUGUAAUUUGUCCUGGGAUGCAGUCAGGCGGCAAGCAGACCAAUUCGCGGUCACGAUUCAACGCGCCACCCCCCACCUCUACCAAGAAAUGGAGGGCAUUGCAGAGGGUGCAGGGGUGGAUGUGCUCGACAUUGUGGCCCUGAACUGUCGGAGUGAAUUAACUUUUGGCAAGUUCACAGAUGGCUGCACCAGCCUUUCAUGGAAGAGGAACGAGCACUGUCGUAUUCUUGCCCAGAACUGGGAUUUCACCACUACGAUACGGAAAAACAUCGCGCUCAUGAGGAUUGAACAGCCUGGUAAACCAACCAUUCACAUGGUCACUGAGGCUGGCAUCGUGGCCCAUCCUUGUGUUCCAUCCAAGAUACCCAUUCACGUUGCUCUGCGGCUCUGUCUGGAAAGUACUUCGGUCGAUGAGGCAGUGCAGACGCUAGAGUCCCUCGGAGGUGUGGGAUCUAGCCAGCACAUCUUGAUUGCUGAUAGUAAAGGCUCGCUGGGAUUGGAGCUGUCUCCCCUGGGUGAUGUACAUCUUCAGCCGGACGAGUAUGGUAUGGUAGCACACACAAAUCACUUUUUAGAGAAUCGACUUGUCUACGAGCCACCAUGGUUGACUGGCUCGCCGAUCCGAUUGGCACGGGCCCGGGAACUGACCCGGGAGCUAAUUAGGGAUAAAGUGCUUGAAGAGGAUGCCAUUAUUGGGCAAGUACUCAGGGAAAGAGUAUUCUCUGAUACUUACAACGCCCCCCAGUCAAUCUCCUGUCAGGAAGACGUGGCUAGGCCUCCAAUCUCACGGUCGUCGACACUCUUUAAUAUUGUCAUGCGUCUGGAACCGGAGACGCUGGGCGCAGAGGUGGUCAUUGGACGACCGGGUUCCGGAGAGGAGAGUGACCUACUGAAGCUGCCCUUCCAGUGA